GGCCACUUCCAUUAUCGUGUCCACGAAAUGGCAGAUUUUGAUCAGGGACUGCCUCAGUUUUUAGAUCCCUCCAACUCCUUGGAACUGGGGAACCUAAUAACUCAUUUAAAAUUGCGCUUAAUUUGGGCGGAACUAAAAUGUUGCUCACAAAUCACGGCAUUAUUUACGUUUACUGUAUCAGCACGAUAGCAUUUUUGGAGCCACUGUCUUGCGAUGGUCUUGUUCUUGGGGAAUUUAUAAUAAUCUAAAAUUACUAGACUUGGCAGGCGUGCAUCCAUACACUGCACAAGGUCUAGCUUUGCCCAUACUAACAAUAAGAAAUUAAUAUUAAGGCACAUGAAACAUACAAUCCAAGAUCAAAUUCUGCCACACGUGUACACUCACUCGAAGAUAUGGAGUUGUUUACACGACCGGAUGACGUCACUGAGUCAGCUGGUGGUUCCAAUAAUGUUCUCGUGCGUCUACCUAUCAAAAAGUUAUUGUACCAUGGGUACGAGUCUGUUCUCGUUCGUCCCUACAUUCCGAAUCCUCUCCGUUGUUUCAAGUGCCAGCUUUACGGUCACCAUGGCAACGCUUGUCGGUCUUCCCAUGCUUACUGCGGUAGACGAGCAGGAGAGGGCCACUCGGUGUACAUCUUUGGUAGAGAAGUGCCGUAACUGUGAGGGUGUUCACUCUACUUUCUCACGUGAUUGCCCCGCGUGGAAAGUGGAGAAAGAGGUCUGGAGAGUUAAAGCUACUGAGGGAAUUUCUUACUAUGAAGCAAGGAUGCAAGUGAAGCAGACGCAGGCCUCGCCUGCUUCAAACGUCUCCUACACUUCAACAAUCUAGAAAAACAUGACAUGGGAAUCAGAGUUAAGGG